AUGGACGAAUUCCUGUCCACCCCGCAGCACCUCAGAGGCGCACGUGGCGCGGACAAGAUGGUGCCUCCCUCACCGAGCUCCAGCAGUGUGACAGGCUCUGCUACUGACAUGCCUGGCACUGAUGCACUGACACAAAUGUCAGCCGACCUUGCUGCAAUAUCUGCCAACAUGCUCACCCGUGGGGACAAAACUGCGCUCGUAUCAGAACUGCGCACCGUCAUCCGGGAAGAAAUUGCCGCUGUACGCAGAGAUCUCACGGCACUGGAACAGAGGGUGGAUGAAUUGGAGGAACACCGCCUCCACACCACACACCAUCAGCAGGCUGCAGACUUGGCAACCACACGGCAGGGGAACAUUCUCCUUGAGCUGCGCAGACAGGUGGAGGACCUGGACAAUAGAGGCCGCCGCAACAACAUACGCGUGCGGGGCCUCCCCGAGUCCGACGACGAGUCCCCAAGAGAACUACUGACCGGCCUCUUCGUGCAACUUCUUGGUGAGGAUGCCCCCCCCCGAAAUACCCAUGGAACGAGCACACAGAGCACUACGUGGUCCCAGGAGUGA